CCCGCGUCAGCAGUCAUCGGAGCCGGCCGAGCGCGCGGCCGGCGCUUUUUCCCGCCGUCUUCGGGACAGCGCCGCGCCGCGUCCCUCCGUCUUCAGUCUCCGUCUCGGGCCGGCCGCCCGCUGCGCGAGCACUGCACGUGCGCCCUCCCCCUCCCCUCACCCCGCCCCACUAUACGGCGCCCCCACUACGCGCGGCCGGCGGCGGCGGCGGCGGCAUCUGGGCGCCAGGUGCGUCGCGCCUCGCGCGCUGUGGGAAUGUCUGCGUUCCCACGCCGCGGCGGCCGCCCCCCGCGCGCCGGGCGCCGCGCGCACCUGGCGGCCGCUGUUUAAAACCGGCCGCCGCCGCUGCGGUCGGCAUUACGGUCUGAGCCGGCGAGCAGUGAGGAGCUCCAGAGAGAGAGGCGAUUUCAGUGAGCGAGACACGUGUUGACGAGCGGUGAAACGAACAGAGUCGAGAUGGCACCCUGCCAAGUGAUCCCUUCGGAGUCGGCGAGCCCCAGCGAUUACAAAAAGGUUCUGAAACCUCUGCUGGAGCGUCGGCGUCGGGCGCGCAUCAACCGCUGCCUGGACCAGAUGCGCGACCUGAUGGUGGACGCGCUGUCCAUGGAGGGCGACAGCGCCGCCAAGCUGGAGAAGGCCGACGUCCUGGAGCUGGCUGUACGUCACCUUCAGAAGCUGCAGGCGCAGCGGCGCGCCGCCGCCCCCGCUGCCCCGGCCGCGCCGGCCGCCAGUCCGCAGACCGAGCUGGAUCGGUACCGCGCCGGGUUCUCCGCCGCCGCCACCGUGGUCAGCCGGGCCCUGGCCUUCACCCCUGGCGUGGAUGUGGAGCUGGGCACCCGCGUGAUGCAGCACCUGGGCAGCUCGUUCCGCGCGCUCGACCAGCGCCGGCUGUCUGCGCCGCUGACGGUGGAGGUGCCCCAGUUCCGCACCCGGGUGCCGGUGACGGCGUGCCCGGCCAGCCCGGCCGACAGCUGCAGCUCGGGCUACUCAAGCGGCGCCGACAGCGGUCUCCUCACCGUGGUGACGCCGGUGUCUGCGGCCCCGCGCGCGCCGGCCUCCUCCCAGUGCAGCCCCAGCCCGCUGAACCUGAAGCUGGGCGACGAGGGCAUGUGGCGGCCAUGGUGAACGGGCUGUCGCAGCUCGGCGCUGCCGGAGGGCUUUCAGAGACUGCCCGGCCACGGGGGCCGAGACGGGCGUGCUGUGAUAUUGGGCCGCUGUGAUAAGUGUUUGCUUUUUGUGUGCUUUGUUUGUAGUCAUGUUGUUUGUGCACAGGUGACGUUCAGUUUCAUUCAAGGCUGUACAAUACACCUUACGAUGUGUGUUA